AUAGUUAAGGUUACCCGCGCAACUCAGUUGUGCCGCGUUAAAGUUAUGAACCGGAUCUUCGGACAAGCUAAGCCGAAACAGCCCCCUCCAAAUCUGACUGAUGUGAUUUCCAAUGUAGAUAGCCGGGCCGAAUCUGUUGAUAAAAAAAUCGAUAAACUGGAUGAGGAACUUAAAAAAUAUAAACUACAAAUGCAAAAGAUGAGAGACGGUCCUGCUAAAGAGAGCGUCAAAAUGAAGGCUUUAAGAAUUUUAAAGCAAAAGAAGGUGUAUGAAAAUCAAAAGGAACAACUUUCCAACCAAAGUUUUAAUAUGGAACAGACUAAUUUUGCUAUCCAGACUGUGCGUGAUACCAAAGUUACAGUGGAUGCCAUGAAAGUCGGUGCCAAAGAAUUAAAACUGGAGAUGAAAAAAAUUAACCUAAAUAAUGUGGAAGACCUUCAAGACGAUUUAGCUGAUCUACUCGUCUCAACUGAUGAAUUACAAAAUAUUCUCAGUCAGUCCUACGCGACACCCGAUAUAAAUGAAAAUGAUCUGGAACAAGAAUUGAUGGGUUUGUGUGAUGAGCUAGGUUCUGAUACAACGUAUUUAAAUGAAGACUUUAACGCACCUUCUGUUCCAACGGGGAUUCCUGGAGAAAGUUUACCAACUCCAGCCAUGGGUACUAUGCCGUCUGCUGUAAGUUAUCAGAUUUAAUUCAUUGCCAGGGCUUUCGCUUUUCGUUUUUGGACUUAAAUGAUGUCAGAAAGCACUAGUAAUUAUGUGUAUUUUUAGUUAAACUGCCAAAAGUUUUUUCGCAAGUGAUAUAACCCAGUUAAAUGUUCCAGUGUUCGACAGUUGGACUGAUUUAAUAUAUGGCAGCAGAACAAUAUCAAACUGGACGAAUUUGGUUUGCCUCAGAUUUCGUGAAUCACACUUACCUUGAUCGCUGGCACAACACAUAUCUUGAUUUAUUUCAGAAGUGUUUUGUUCUCCAACAUAACAUUAUCUUCACUCUUACUUCUAAUAAUAUCUUAUCUGCAAUGAUUUUUUAAUUUCUUUUGUCAGUGGACGAAUUUGUCACACAAUGUUUCAUCAUUCACUAACAUUGUAGUAUUCUAAGGUUAUCAGUAAUAGAACUUUGUCAGAGAGGGACAAGCGAGUGUCGAUAAACCUUCAUUUAGACCCAUCGCAUCCUCAUAAUGUUUCGUUUAUAUUCACUCAAUCCAGUUCAUCUUUCAAUAACUGAAGUGAUACAAUGCACAUUAGAUGUUUUGAAAUUUUCUCAAAGUCGAAGUAAUUCAAACUAUUUACGAAUAAUGUUGAAAUGAAAUUACUUCAAAUCAGAAUGCAAGCCUAUUUGAUUGAAUAGACCCCAUUUUAGUUAGGACUGAGGGACUACGUGAAAAUUUGUAACAUAAGGAAGUGUUACCUGAGAUUUUAUUAUAUGUACUUCUAAUCCCUAUUUGGUUAACAACUGGGUUAUAGUAAAUUUUACACUAUUUUAAGUGUAAGCUUCCAUCCGUCCUAUUGAGUAAUAAUGUAUCUUUUGGCAUUUAUAAAUUACCAGUAGUUAAUUAUAAAUGUUCCAGUUAUGUGCGUAUUGAGAUUUAUUAUUUACGCUGUGUUAUGGUCUUAUAUUCUGUGUAUGUGAUCGAAUGAGUUUAAAAGUAUGAGUAGUACAAAUAAUACGAAAUAUUUGGUUCGUAUUAACGCUGUUGUGGUGAUUAGCAAACAAACAAGUGAAGGAGAGCAUUAGAGCUAACGAGAAGAGAUAUGUGGAAGACCUAGCAACGACAGCGCACAAAGCUUCAACAGAAGGAAAUAUGAAACAAAUAUACGACACAACGAAGAAACUAGCGGGGAAAUAUUGUAAACCAUAGAGACCGGUCAAGGACAAAGAAGGCAAGACAAUCACUGAGAUUCAAGAACAGGUGGGGAGAGCACUUUGAGGAACUCGAAGCAACACACACAGACCUACCUAUAGAUGUCACUCUAUUAAUUAUCAAAGAAAUCAGGAUGGCCAUCAGACGAAUCAAGAGUGGGAAAGCAGCAGGGUCUGACAGUAUACUAGACUAGGCGGUGAGGUCAGAAACAGAGAUACCUGCAAACAUACUCUACGUUCUAUUCAGAACGAGUUGAGAAAAUCAACAAGUUUCGAUAGACUGAAAAGAAGGAUACCUCAUCAAGAUGCCAAGGAAGGAUCUGGGCAAAUGUGAGAACUGCAGAGGCAUCACACUACUAUCAGUACCAAGAAAGGUUUUUAAUAAUGUUGCUGAACUUGAUGAAAGAUUCGGUCAGAUUCCGUAAGUAUAUGUCAUGCACAGACCAAAUCACGACACUAUAGAUCAUUGUUGGACAGUCAGUUGGAUGGAACACGUCAGUAUACAUCAACUUUCUUGAAUAUGAGAAAGCAUUUGACAGUGGAUAGGAGAACCCUAUGGAUCCUUUUCUCACACUAUGGUGUACCUGAAAAGAUCGUCAACAUCAUACAGGAUUCAUACGACCGACUACAUUAUUUAAAAAAAUACAAUCUAACAGUUGUCUGUGUUUGAUUUAUGAAACUUACGUCAGUUACUCGUGAAAGAGCAUAGGCCGCUCACCAGCAUUCUCCAUCCAACCCUGUCCUGGGCAAUCCUUUCCAGCUCCUUCCAGUUGUUAUUCAUCCUUUUCAUGUCUGCUUCUAUUUCCCGACAUAAUGUGUUCUUUGGCCUUCCACUUUUCCGCUUCCCUUCAGGAAUCCAUGUUGAUGCCUGUCUUGUGAUGCAGUUUGGCGAUUAGCGUAAUGUAUGUCCUAUCCAUUUCCAUCUUCUUUUCCUAAUUUUUUAGCGAGUUAGUUUUCUACGGGAUUGCGUCGCUAACCCUAUGCCCAACUGUUGGGGUGAUCCAGAAAAUUGCUUGCAAAAGACAAGCAAUCAUCAAGAAACACUAAGAAGCGUUUCGUCCAAUCAGCGUUCACUUGGAGUCUUGGCCAGAAAUAUCAAGGAAGCGAAACGUCACAUGCAGAGGCUCUGAUUGGUUGGCUGCUACACUGCUAUUAUGUUUAGUAGCAUUCCAGAAUAUUCCAGCGACCUAAGGACAUUUAAAAUAUUAUAAAAACCCUAUAUUUUCUGUAAUAAAAUGAACCUUGGAGUAAACUACUUCUCGCAUACCUUGAGUCUUCUCUCUCGUGUUCAGAUCGCUGUCUAGUUCUAGCUUGGGGGUUACAGAAUAGCUUAGGAGACGAAUAUAGCGUUCAAAUCUGCAAGACUUAUCACCAACCCUCGUUUGCCCGGGCUUGUGACCGGCAGUAACUCUAGAAGAACUACAGGCGGAGUGGCUGAACAUAUUUCUUUUGGGUGCAAAGCGGAUUUUUGAUUUAUGAAAAGUAUCCAGUAAUUAUGAAGUCAGUGAUAAUUGACUUGAUUAACUUUUUUCUCACAAUAUUUCGCUCAUCGUUUAAGCAUAAAUCUUGCUAAUGAGAUUGUAUUAGCGCACCCAAGGUGUGAAUUAUACUCCAACACUUGUCACUAAUUAGUAGGUAGUACUGAAAUCCAUUUCUUAUUGCUGAUCGGAAUUCAUUUUAACUAACCUCUAGUUUGGCUCUACGGUAUAUCAAUUUCUGUAUACAAAUGUCUUAUAUAUUUAUAGUUCAAUUAAUAAUUUUGUAUGUUUGUUUUGCUGAGAAGGCUCAAUACAUAUAUCUCUUCAGCAGCCUUACUUUGAAUUUCUAGUAUACUAGUGUGAAAUUGUGUAGGAUGUAUUUGUUUGGUGACUACCAAACUUCAUAUAUAAAUCCCCAGACGACGAUGAGAAUCAUAAUAUUUAAAAAUAAAAUACUACUAAAAAAGGAAAUCGUAUUUAAACUUCUGAAAGUAAAAUCCUAGCUAUGCGCAAUUGAUACAGAAAACUACGCUGAUUUAAUAAUCUUACGGGGGAAGCUAUCGUCCAAAACCUCUUAUCAAGGGAUGUACUCUUGUGAAGAGUGCUUAUAGACAACUAUAAUUGUAUUACAAAUAAUCGUUGGGCUAUUCCAGUGCAUAUAAAAGCAAUGAUCGUUUGUUUGGGAACCAAUCAAACACAAUAUUUAGUCCAAUGAGUAUGUGUGCAGAAGUUUAUUUUACGUAAUUUAUGGUAUAUCAGUCUUAUAAUUUCCACUUAUGGGAAUACGCCUAUCCUACCUAUUUUUCAUUUGUUCAAAAUGUUUCUGGAAAUCCUGAGAAGUCAGCUGCUAACCCACUCCAUGCUUUUCUCAACACCGAACGUUUUGUUGGAAUCGUGUAUACAUAUGACCAUACAAGAAUCCAUUUAUUUCCAAUCAUCCAAACAGUAAUCCAGAUGUUAAAAGGCAUUAAAGUAAACUUUUCACCAUCAUAUAUCGAUAGCUGCCUUUACCUUUAUUCAGUACAUUUCGUGGAUUUGAUGUUGGUGUACUUGCUUCAAGUAACAAUUCCUCAUUAAAACCAAAUUUAUCACUUUUCCCAAAGGCUUUGGAACUGUUAAUUUUUAUGUUUCUUCGUUUUUCGCUAGACUAUAAUUUUCACCAUAUCUAGUAUAAAUAUUAUUGCUUUCACUUCUCCCAAAAUCGUAUUGAGUUGCUCUUUUGAAAAUCUACAAACAAAUUAUAAACUAUAAAUACUCUUGACAUCAGUGGUUCGGAAAUGAAUAGGAAUCAACAGAGGGAUUCGGACUUUGGUAUUAUAUUAUGAAUUCUCCGUAAUUAUAUUUUGUCGGUCAGUGACAGCAACAAAGUAUCUGGAGAAAUAUUAUACAAUAUCCUCCUUUUGUUCAUAUACUUAGAUGAAACACGAGUGAUCCCGGGUCACCCAAUUAUAUUGUCUUCAACAAUCAAGAGUAGAACCACAUAGUUCAUUAGAGACAGUUAUUAACAAUUUCAAAUUUUGUAGAUUUGUUGUCAGAUGCGUGUACACUGACCAAAAGAGAGGUAGUAAUAAUAUCAAGGUAAAAUCAUGAUAAUUGGUUCAGAAAUUAUCCACCAGAUGUUUUUGAUCUUCCAUUUCCACUACCGUUUAAGAAAGCACAAGAUGAAAGUUUGGGGGUCUAACAUAUCAUCCGCACAAAGUUCUGAAAUUGAGAUGGCUGGUCCCUAUUCCACAAUGAAAAUGCCCCCAAUGGCUUUGUAAACAAUCCCGAUUGGGCUAUUUAAAUAUAUUGCGUUUCCGCUAUUUUAUCCGGAAUGUGCUUACAUUUAAACCAAAGUGAAGUAUACGAAAUAGUUAUUAUGGGGCUAUUUAUAACACAUUUCAAAUAAACAAAAUGAACUAUUCCAAUUUUUUUAGAGAGAAUCUAUUUUAUUUCUAAAUGCAUCGAUUACACGAGUAAUAAUU